GACAACAAACUCAGUUUUCAGCAUGACGUUGUUGUCAUCAACUCGUUUUCAGAUUUCAGACAAGUUAAACCAAUAAACUUUACAAAGAAGAAGCAUCCACUUUACAUUCCGAAAUGGAUUUGAAGAAGGCAAUUAUGGUAUUGUUGAAAUACGACAGGAGCCUCGUUCUCUGAAGGCCAGAAUCUUAAUGUGGGCGGAUGCAACUUUCAAAGACAUGGAAGACAUCAACAAGGCCACUUCCACAGAAGAUCUGGAAAAGGUUCUGAGUUCAGUGUUUCGAAUCGACUCAACUGAUCCAAAGCAAAGAGUCCUGCUGGAGCUUUAUAUAAAUGCAGUAUUGUUCUGCAGAGGAAAGAAGCUCAACAGGGAACAGACUUCUACUCUGCUGUCCAUAUUCAAAAGAGUACAUCAGGCCAACACUGACACACCUCUCAAUAAUGCAGAACAGUGUUUCAACUACUGCAGUGAACUCUUGCUAUGUCAUUCUGUGCGGAGACCUCCUUUCAGCAUCGGUCUCUACAACCUGAAUCAGAUGACAGAUAUCUUGAAGUACUUCACAAACACCUAUAUGAGACAUUAUACAUUAUAUAAGUAUAUCUUCACCCCUCAGAUGUUUUUAGACCUUACUCUUACUUACUCUGGACCAGCAGGGGACAUAGAUCCUAAAAUUGGAAGCCCUCCAGAGAGUCAGGAGGGGGAGAAUGGCAGUACUGGUGUGAAUAUUGAGGGAAAUGAAAGUGGCACAGAUGACAAGAAAACAACUGACAUAAACAGCACACAGCCUGUUGAUAAUGAACAAAAAGACACAGAACUGGCCCUGGACAAAACAGGUGCUGCUAAAAAGCUGGAGCUUCAGAGCCUGGUCCAGCAGGAGGUGAAGAGGGAGAUGCAGCUUGUCAGCGGUCACUUGGAGCAGCGUCUGAAGGAGAGCACCGCCCAGCUCAACACUAUCCUCAGCUCCCUGGAGACAAACGUCCAGACCAAAAAGUGAUACACGCCCGCCGUCAUGAUGUUACUUCAGCCUCAAUAGAGUCUGUCUAUGUCUCCCUCAACUGAA